AUAUUAAUUUAUUGUUGUUUCAUUUCAGGUAAUUACAGUAUUGAUCCAAAAACCUUUUACAUUCCUGACGAUUUUGUUGAUGAAUUUGAAGAAUUUCCGGAUGAUGCAAUAGACAACAUUGAAGGUUUUCCUGAUGAAGCCCCUCGCACCCGCAGUAUAGUGAAGGGAGAAGCAAACAACAUUACAAAGCAGGUUCAUAUGUAUCUGACUGGUCAGCUAUUGACCAGAUUUGUACCAUCGGUGUACACCUUGGUAUUCAUUGUGGCGCUUCCUCUCAAUGUCAUGGCAAUCAUCAUAUUCUUGUUUAAAAUGAAGGUCCGGAAGCCAGCCAUUGUCUAUAUGCUGAACCUGGCCAUGGCUGACGUCCUCUUUGUCAGUGUUCUACCCUUCAAUAUCGCUUACCGAUUUGCGGGAAAUGAUUGGCACUUUGGACCUGUCAUGUGUCAAUUUGUCACGGCAGCAUUUUACUUUAACAUGUACUGCUCCAUCCUGCUCAUGACAAGUAUAAGUGUGGACCGGUUCUUGGCGGUUGUUUAUCCAAUGCAUUCUCUUUCCUGGCGCACAAUGAGUAGAGCCUGGCUGGUCUGCAUCUUCAUCUGGAUUGUGUCCGUUGCCAGCAGUGCACCCCUUUUCAUGAAUGAGCAAACUAAACAUGAUGCCUUGUUGGGCAUCACCACCUGCCAUGAUGUACAAGACCUGAAGGACCUCAAGGGAUUUUACCUGUACUAUUUUACCACUUUCAUCAUGGUCUUCUUUGUGUUACCAUUAAUCACUACAACCAUCUGUUAUAUUGGCAUCAUUCGCAGCUUGAGCAGCAAAAGCAUUGAGAACUCAUGCAAGAAGACCCGAGCCUUAGUCUUGGCCAUUGCGGUGCUCUGUGUUUUCAUCAUGUGCUUUGGGCCCAGCAAUCUCAUCUUUCUAAUACAUUAUUUGUACUUCAGUCAUGGAGCCAACCAAUCUCUGUAUUUUGCCUACAUUCUCUGUGCCUGCAUUAGCAGUGUCAGCUGCUGUCUGGACCCAAUUAUUUAUUACUAUGGCUCCACCCAAUGUCAAAGGUACUUGUACAGUUUGGUGUGCUGCAAGAACUUAGCUGAGCCUGUAAGCAGCAGUGGUCAGUUGAUGAGCAAAAAUGAGACAGGUGUCAGCAGUGCAAAAAAUAGCGUCUACCGAAAACUUCUGACCUAA